AUGAUCAACACCGAUGUGCAGUGCGAUUCGCACGAGUUCUUCGACCACCUCAUGGCCUCUCUCAAAUCCGUCCUCGAGUCCCAAGGCGACAAAUCCACCGUCGUAUUUCUUCCCAUUCCUUUAACAUCCUCGCAGUCCUCCAUCGACCAGCUUUUCUCCGGGAAGCGUCUGCUCUGCCGCUGCUGUCUGAACUGCCGCAAGGUGUUCUACCGCCCGGAUACCUUCUCCUUCCUCGACUGCUCCGUGGUGAACAUGCCGCGCCUGGAAGACGCUCUGCAAGUUUUGUUUACGCGCGAACGCAUGUCCGGAUCCGAGCAAUACUUCUGCUCAUCGUCCAAACCCGCGUGCGACGCGGAGGUGCUGACGACGAUCAAGGAGCUGCCGCCGGUGCUGAUGAUCCGCAUGCAGCGGCUGCAGUACGACAAAGGGAGCGGGAAUCAGACGAAACUGACGAACGGCGUGCAGAUUCCGCAGUGGAUCGACUUUGCGAGUUUCUCGAGUCUUGAAGAAGAGCGGGACAAGCCUGACGGGAUGAAGGGAGCGGAGAGUCGCAGUAUGUGCUGGUGUCGGUGGUGCAUCACCACGGGGAUCAUGCGAAUUGCGGCCAUUACACACGGAGCGUGGUAUCUCGUUAACGACCAGCACGUCGAGCUGAUCUCCUGCCCGUACGUCGACUGUGAGGCCUUGCAUGCGAUGAGAUGA